UGAUAUUUUAUUGUAUUGACAUAUAUUACUGUGUGUCAUUGUCUAUUUGUUUUGUUUGGUUGUUUCAACAACUACCCAAAUUUGUAGUUAAGAUUAUUCGGAUUAGUUUAAGACUCACUCAAAUCCAGUCAACUAAUUUAAUAUUCUUUGUAGAUCAAUAAUCAAUCAUGGAAUCAAUAUAAUUGUGUAAGUAAAAUACAUUGAAACCAUUGAAUCCAACGUUCUUACAGAAAACAAUCCUCUUGUUUUUCCUCUGCAAAUAAACACCAUCUCCUUCCAUGGGCUCCUCCUUCUCCCUCUUUACCGAUGUUGGACCGAUCCCGCCUCAGUAUCAAGUGUUCAUCAACUUCCGAGGCGAAAAACUUCGUGAUGGGUUCCUAGGGUUUCUUGUAGAUGCUCUUUUAAAAGAGAAUGUCAACGUCUUUAUAGAUGAUCAUGAGCUUAGAGGGAGAGAUCUUGAUCAUCUCUUCAGUAGGAUCGAGGAAUCGAGAGUCGCAUUGACAAUCUUCUCCAAGAACUUCACCGAGUCAAGAUGGUGCUUAGAUGAGCUUGCUAAGAUCAGAGAAUGCGUGGACCAAGGAAGUCUUACAGUGAUUCCUAUCUUCUUUAAGAUGAAAACAGACGAUGUGAAGAAACUAAAGGGAAAGUUCGGAGACAAUUUCCGGGACCUGAAGUCAACGCAUCGCGGCGAGCCAGAAAAUUUUCGGAGAUGGAAGGAAGCUUUGAUUUUUGUUUCAAAAAAAGCUGGCUUGUCUUCAUCACGAUACAGUCGUCAAAAUGAUUUGGUGAGCACAAUCGUUGAGGAGGUUAAGAAAGUUUUAAACGAUAUCGCCGAGAUGGAACGACAAAUCGUUGAAGUGAAACGCAACAAUUUGGCGGCAAGAACAGAUGAAUUGAUUAGAUUUGUUGUCCGUUUCCUAAGUCUGUUUCUUCUGUUUACAAUAGUUUUUGGUCCUUAUGUUUUAGGCCUUCUCACUUUUUUCUCUUUUCUUGUGGGUCGGUUGAUAAUCAAUCGAGCUGUGGAAAGUGAGUGGUGAAUGGUUACGUUUGCGUUUCUAUGAGAAUACGUAAACGCAAAGAAUCUGAGACUGGGAGUUUCAUUUUGGUUACAUUGUUGCAUUCGAUAUUUUUUUAUAUGAAAUUAUUUGAUUUUGAUUAGUUUGACCUCGCAUCAAUUAUUGAUA